GAGUGUCCAAGUGUGUUAAUUUCGGGGGGUGCGCUAGUACGUCAAUCCGUCGAAGGGAAAAGGGUAAGUUUGUUUUGUUUUUGUUUGUACCGUACACACACGACCUGGUUCUUCCGGCUUCCGGCCUGGUUGGUUCUUCCCCGGGGGCGCGCAAUGGCAACGCAACGGAACAGUCUGAUCAACAACAUCCUGCCGUCGUUUGUGACCGAGAUCGACAUCAAGGAGAUCGAAUCGAUUGGGACUGUCGGCAAGGGUUCGUUCGGGACGGUCAUCAAGGGCCGCUGGAAGGACAACUAUGUGGCGGUCAAGUACAUCGAGCUGGAAUCGGAACGGAAUGCAUUUAUCACGGAGGUCUGUCAGUUGUCGCGGGUGGCCCACCCCAACAUAAUUGGGCUGUACGGGGCGUGCACGAAGCGUCCGAACGUUUGUCUGGUGAUGGAGUACGCCGACGGGGGGUCGUUGCAUACGGCACUGCACUGCAGGCCGAAGCCGUUCUACACGGCGGCCCAUGCCAUGAGUUGGGCCCGGCAGUGCGCGGAGGGCGUCGCCUACCUCCACGACAUGACCCCGAAGCCGAUGAUCCAUCGGGACCUCAAACCCCCAAACCUACUCCUAGUCAAGUGCGGAACCGUCCUAAAAAUCUGUGACUUUGGCACCGUCACGGAUAAAUCCACCCGGAUGACCAACAACAAGGGCAGCGCCGCCUGGAUGGCCCCGGAAGUGUUCGAAGGCUCCACCUACACGGAAAAGUGCGACGUCUUCAGUUGGGGCAUCAUCCUGUGGGAGGUCAUCGCCAGAGAGCAACCGUUUCGCAGCAUCGAAAACAGUUACGCCAUUAUGUGGCGGGUUCACCAGGGGACGCGGCCUCCGCCCAUUGAGGACUGUCCGAGGCCGAUAGCGCAGCUGAUGACCAGCUGCUGGAACCAGAAUCCGACGAAGCGCCCCUCGAUGCAGGAGGUCGUGGACACGAUGAACCAGCUGUGCAAGUUUUUCCCGGGGGAGAAUGAGGCGAUUGUUUAUCCGGACGAUCCGGAUGAUGAGGAUGAAGAGGAAGCUUCCUACGCCCGCGACGACGGCACCCUGGACUCGAACCUUCACGGCACGGCCGCUUCGACAAGCUCGCACUACAGCUCAACGUUUUAUGGCAGAACCGUGCCCGGCCACCACAGCACGAUAACCUCCUCCUCCUCCUACAACCCCUCGGUGGUCAACACUCCGGUAAAUCUACCCCGGCACGGGGUGUGUCCUCCACGGGUUACCACCGAGCACCACCACAGCACGGAUUAUCGACCCCCCAGCAGCAGCACGAGGAACGCCUACAGUCGGGGCUCCGACUACGGUCGGUAUCAGAUCGGGAGUGGAGGAGCGGGUGGUUCCGGAGCAAGUUUGUACACCAAGAGUUCCCGGCCGGCCGUCGGUUCCGGGUACGCCAGUCCGGGGGCGUACCGGAGACAGGUUCGGGGCCGGUCACCACCGCCACCGUUGGUUCCGCAGCGGUCGCUACCGUCGCCGCAGGGAACCGUCAGGGGACAUUUGCAGAAUCCGCUCAGUUUGGACAUUGACGAGUCAAUGACGUGGAAAACCGUGGACACCAACGAACCGUUGCGGGAUCUGGUUGACAGCAGCUCAUCCAACAACCAGGGCACCGAACGCCUGGUGGUGACCAGACGCAACAACGGCCCCAUCGAUGCCGGCAGCGGGGUGGCCGUGUCCGCCACCACCGGCAAAUCUAGUCACAUCAACACCGGUGGCGGUGGCGGUGGAGGAGUCGGCCAACCCCCACCCCCGUCAACCCACCCGGUCGACCUGAUGUCCGCCGGAAUGCAGUCCCUAAACAUUUCCAACGCCGUGGCAGGGACGGCGACGACGACCACCACGACGACGGAGGCCGCCCUCGACUACAAAUCCCUCAACAGCAUUCUGGACGACAAUCUGCGACCGCUGAAGCCGGUUCCGGGCAACCCGCGCUCCGAGCAGAUCCACAACGAGCACAAACAGCUCGUGCAGGAGUACUGGGAGAUCCAAACACAAAUCGUUACCAACCAAGCUCAUCGUGAUGCUCUGCAGAUGAACAUGCCAGCCGAGGAGUUGCGACUGAAGAAGGAGUACUUGAAAAAGUUGGAGGAAAAGGAAGCCCUCCUCAAGUUCAAAGCGAACCUCCAGAAGCAGCUGGACGAGCGGAAGCGACUCGCCGGCAACCAGAGUUCCUUGACCCCAGCCGCCACCGCCACCACCACCACAAGCCCUUCACCCGCUGGCCCUCCUCACCUUCAGCACAACCACCACCAACAAUCCGCUGCACCCAAUUCCACCACAACCAGCCCAAGUCCCUCCUCCCUCCAACGGCAAGAUUCGACGGCGGAAGCGGGUUGGGUGAUAAUCGGUUCCGACGAAAGUGGCCCUUCAAAUCCUCCGCCCAGUGGCGGCGGUGGGGCAAAUCCGAGUUGAGCUCGUGGGGAAGAGAUGCGCGGAGAAUCGUUACUAAUGUGAUCAACCAAAAACAAUAAAUGACACACCAAGCAAACCAAAUCGCCAAGCUGGCGAGUUGAAGAGUGUGUUGAACGUGUAUUUUUAAGUGAAAUCCAAGUGCCAAAACAAAAUUUAAACUGUAGAUUUUAAGAGAAGAGAAAAUAAUGUGUAAAACAUAUGAGAAAAAAAGAUAUCCCCGUAAAAUGUUAGAAGCGUGUAAGAGAGGAAGGAAACGAAACAACAAAAACUGUUGACGUAUUUUUUAUGAAUAUUUAUUGUAACAAUCAGUGUCGUGUAAGGAGAAUGGUUGCUUUCGCUUGCGAAAGUUUGAUCCUUUUUUGAUUAGUAUUAGAAUAGAGAGCUGUGUAAUAAAGAACGAAACAAAGUUGCAGUUUGCAAAAGUCGACUAAAA